UAAGCGGCGCAUGCGAUUUUUAAAUAUCGUAUUCGCAGAAGAGACAACAUCGAUCGUAGGGGUCAACCGAAAUCCCAAAGCCGCGCCGAUUCAAGGAGUACCACUCUGUUCGGUCAGCCGUACCGCUUGUCCAUUGGAGACAGCGACGAUUUCGUGAUUUUUGCAUUGCGUCGCGCCUGUCAGUUCGACGAUAUCAGAUAAUUGUCAUGGUAUUACGGAUAUGGAUCUUGCUAGUGUCCAGUUACCUACUGACUGUGACAGUUAACGCCCAAACUGAAGCUGGUAGCCUUGCAGAUCUUUUAGCCAAAAAUAAACAACAAAAUGCGGAAGAUAGUAGUACUCUAGAUCCAGAAACCCAGAAACUAAUAGACGACAUAUAUUCUUUAAGUAGUAGUGGUCCUAGCAGUAGCACCACCACGGUUAGGACGCAUAGUAACAGCGGUGCGGACAGCAACAGCGGAUGUAAUUGUGUGCCAUAUUAUCUUUGCAAUAAUGGAUCGAUUAACACUAACGGAGAAGGAAUAAUUGACAUCAGAAUUAAUGACGGUCCUUGUGCGAGUUACAUCGAGGUUUGUUGCAACAAAGAAGAUCAGGCUGAAAAUCCCAUCACGCCAACACCCCCGCCUGUUGUGAAAACCGGUUGUGGUUACCGUCACGCCGACGGUGUCGGUUUUCGAAUAACCGGCGACAGCGAAAAUGAAGCCCAAUUUGGCGAAUUUCCCUGGAUGAUAGCCGUGAUCCAAGAGGAAUCCGUACCCGGAAAUAGCAACAAACUCAACGUCUAUCAAUGCGGUGGCGCUCUAAUUCAUCCGCAAAUGGUAGUCACCGCUGCGCACUGUGUCACUGGCAAAGACAAGACCUUCAAAAUCAGAGCCGGCGAAUGGGAUUCACAGCACAAUAGAGAACUGUACCCUUACCAAGACCGAGACGUCCAAAGCGUUACCAUACACCCCCAGUACUACGCUGGAGCUUUGUUCAACGACGUAGCAGUUCUGUACCUUUCUUCUCCAGUCGAAAUCACUAAAAAUGUCGAAACAAUUUGUUUACCUCCUCAGGGGAUUACUCUAGACCAAUCCACGUGCUUUGCUACUGGUUGGGGUAAAGAUGUUUUCGGACAGAAAGGAAGAUAUCAAGUUAUCCUGAAAAAGAUCGACUUGCCUUUGGUUCCAAAUAAUGUGUGUCAGGAUAGAUUGAGGACGACUAGGCUAGGGAAAUUCUUCCAGCUUCAUCAGUCCUUUAUUUGUGCAGGAGGACAACCUGGAAAGGACACGUGCAAAGGUGAUGGUGGAGGUCCUUUGGUUUGUCCAGUUCCGGGAGAUAAAGAGGAUAGGUACUACCAAAUGGGUAUCGUAGCUUGGGGUAUUGGCUGUGGAGAAAAUAAUAUACCUGGUGUUUACGUUAACUUGCCAUUAUUUAGGAACUGGAUCGAUACGCAAAUGAAAGCUAAUGGGUUAGAUACUUCAUCGUAUACAUAUUAAAUUUAUGAUUUUUUUAGGUAAUAUACAAAACUUUUAUUAAAUUUUUUAUACAAAA